CCCUGGAGGGUUCAACUACCAACUACUUUUAUUUUUCUUCUUGGCCAACAAAUGCUGUGUAAUGAACAAUCAAUAACUCCAUUUCUCUGUUCCUUCUCUCUCUCUCUCUGCCUCUCUGGUUUUGAGUUAAAGUUUCAAUUUAAGAGAGGCAAUCCCACACGCUUUCAUCAAAACAAACAUAACUAUAAGCAAGACGAGAGAGAGGGUACUCUAGUCUUGUCCACUUCUCCACUACUAUCUAUAACCCUUAACCGGGUUAUAUGACAAAAUCUCUUACUGCAUUUCCUUAGCAAAUUUCUAGUGUCACAAAUUUUGUUGAUCUUCAUCCUAUUCCUUAUACAUGGUCACAUUUUCAUAUUAUUAUCAGUAUCACCACCAGCAGCUGCCUCUUAUUGAUAAAAUUUUCUGAGUUUUUCGCCGCGAAACUCGAAUAACAUUACUUUUUCUUGCUUGCUUGCUUUCAAUCUGCAUGCAAAUUGGUUUGAUCAUGGCCAAGAUCAGAUCCGUUUUAACAAUGUGUGGCAGGGCUGUGAAUGAAGCUGUGAGCUUCAUCGCGUUCUGCGCACUGGACCUUAUUGAUUUUCUUCUUUGCUUUCUCUUCAAAGCUGUGGAUUUGUUGGUGGAAGCAGAGUUGAGACCCUGCUACUGCUCUUCCACAAAGGAAGCAAUCACAAGCAGUGGGAAGAUCUUGGUUUCGGAACAUGGUGGGGAAUCGAAAAUCGUUUCUUUGAGUUCCACAAAGUUGCAAUUAGAGGACAUUUCAGAUACCCUUUACUCUCGUCCUUCUCUGGUUUCUGAGGUUUCAAGGUUAACGCUGAAUGAGUUGAAGAGGCUCAAGCUAGAAGACCCUGUUUUGCAGCAACAAUCGAAGAGAUCAUCAGGAAGCAAACUUUGCUCCACAUUCACAGUGAACAACACUAUAGUGGAAAUGCUUCAGGGGAAGAUUAGGAGCAAGAAAGUGAACCCAAUUCCAAGAUGGUCUGAUUGUGACUGUGAAUUCUGCACUGAUUGGAUCUCAUCUUCAUCACCACCAAGCACUACUUCUAAGGCUACACUCUAUGUAAAGGCUCAAUGCCCGACCACAGGCGGAGCGCAGGAGGAUGUGUUGUUCAUACACGGAUUCAUUUCAUCAUCAUCAUUCUGGACAGAGACUCUAUUCCCGAACUUCUCAAGCGCGGCGAAAUCAAGUUACCGGUUUUUCGCGGUUGAUUUGCUCGGUUUUGGGAGGAGUCCCAAACCGAGUGAGUCCUUGUACACGUUAAGGGAGCAUUUAGAGAUGAUAGAGAAGUCUGUGUUGGAGGCCCAUAAGGUGAAAUCUUUCCACAUAGUGGCACAUUCCCUAGGAUGCAUCUUGGCUCUUGCUCUUGCCGUCAAACACCCCAAUUCCGUCAAGUCCUUAACCUUGCUUGCCCCGCCUUUCUAUCCGGUGCCGAAGGGUGAAACUCAGGCGACGCAAUACGUGAUGAGGAAGGUUGCGCCUCGGCGCGUGUGGCCACCGAUGACAUUUGGAGCGUCAUUGGUGUGCUGGUACGAGCACAUAACUCGGGUGAUAUGCUUGCUAAUUUGUAAGAACCAUCGACUGUGGGAAUUUCUAACCAAACUCAUCACUCGAAAUAGGGUCAGAACUUUCUUGAUGGAAGGAUUCUUCUGCCACACUCACAAUGCAGCCUGGCAUACCCUACACAACAUUAUCUGUGGAACUGCAGGGAAAAUUGGAUCAUACUUGGACGCGGUGAGAGAUAACCCCAAUUGCAAAGUGACCAUAUUCCAUGGCAAGAAAGAUGAGGUUAUCCCUGUUGAGUGUAGCUAUGAGGUGCAGAGAAGAAUUCCUAGUGCACAAAUCAGAGUCAUUGACAACAAAGAUCACAUCACCAUUGUUGUUGGAAGACAGAAAGCUUUUUCUCGAGAGUUGGAAGAGAUUUGGAGCAGUACCAACAACAACAACUAGAGUAAUUGAGCUGCAAAUGAAUGUGCCAAUAUGCACAGUGCUUAAUUAAUUAAGUUUGUGUUCAAACUUUUCCUCUGUCGUCAACAACUCAAGUAUAUUGUAUCUUUUGCCAUAAAUUAAGUAUCACUUGCUUACCAAUAAAAAAAAUCACAUAUCACCCACUAAAAUCACAUAUCCCCUAUCCACAGCAAGUCCUUGACAAUUAGUUUGUAGGUGAUUUAGUAUUAUAUGUAUUCUAUGGUAUUUUU